AUGCAUCUUUCUUCCGCCUUUGCCGCCCUUUGUGGGCUCCAAGCUACCCUUGCUGUGGCCGAGAACACCACUUGGCCCUGGCAAACCUUCAAGUCCAGCCCUUACGAACCUCCGAGUCUCAAGAUCUCGAAAUCCGGCCCUACCAGCCCCGGAUACCUCUUCUUCGAUCAAUCAUGGGACGCGCAUCAGUACAGCGUGUUUAUUAUGUCGGACAAGAACGAGCUUGUCUGGCAAAGCCCGCGCGGUGACCUGAAGGGUUUCCGAGUACAGAAGCUGGAUGGGAAGCCUGUCCUGACGUACUUCAACGGCCUUGGAGUCCCGGAGCCCUUUGGUUGGGGAUACGGCAUUAUUCAAGUUUUGGAUGAGUCCUACCAGAGCAUCUACAAUGUCUCUGUGACAAACGACAAUUACAAGGCUUUGGGCAGCAUUGACAGCUCAUCCUUUGUAUCUUGGAUUGACAUGCACGAGAACACGAUGACGCCGGAUGGAACAAUGCUGGUUACAGGUUACAAUGUUACCCAGGCUGAUCUCAGUUCUGUGGGAGGCCCCAAGAAUGGCUGGAUCGCUGACUCGCUCUUCUAUGAGAUUGACGUCAAGACCAACGAGAUACUUUUCCGCUGGAGCGCUCUGGACCACAUUGAUCAGAUCCCCUUGGAACACGUACAGCCUUUCUACCCAAUCAAUGACUGGGGACGCAACAGCAGCUAUCCCUAUGGCUACUUCCACAUCAACUCCGUGGACAAGUUCCAAGAUGGAACCUACAUCAUUUCCUCUCGCUACUACUGUUCGCUAUUUAAGAUUGCGAAGGAUGGAUCGGUUGGCUGGACGCUACAGGGUCAAACUGGCGGCGACUUCAAUCUCAACGGAAUCAAAUUCAGCUACCAACACGACGCCCGCAUCCACGACGAGACCGAGGAUGGAUUCAUGCUCAGCAUCUUCGACAAUGCCAACUCUGAUGUCCAGAACGGAACUCACCACACUGAAGGCAUACUGAUGAACGUCAAUCUAGCCACUCGUGAGGUCUCCCUUGUCCAGACUCUCCACGACCCACGCGAUGAGAUAUUCUCGACUUCUCAAGGAAACACACAACUGCUGCCUGGAAACCAUGCCAUAAUGGGCUAUGGAUCGAACCCUAAGGUCAAGGAUUUGGACUCGAUGCUGUCGUCGCAAGUUACCGUGCCUAUUCGCUCACCCUGGGUCGGCGUCCCCAAGACUCUCCCCGAUGUGUUUUCUUGCAUUGAGCAGGGUCGUAACAAGACCAAUGUUUAUAUGAGUUGGAACGGAGCUACUGAGCAUAAAAUGUGGAAGGUCUUCGGAGGCGCUAAUGCCUCAGACCUGAGUCCGGUCGCAGCUGUACGGAAGACAGGGUUUGAGACCGUGGCGAGCAUCAAAGGGAAGAUUGGAUAUGUUCAAGUAGAAGCUCAUGGCCUGGGGAUUGAGAAAGGGGUUUCCAAAGUCGUACCCGUAAAGGAAUACCACUUUGAUUUUCUAAAGGAUGGUGUACAGAAGUCCCCUAAACAUUGA